UGGGCAUGGGGAGCGCUCCCCCCGGGACGUGCGGGAGCUCCGCGGUCCCACGGCGCUUUGUGUCCCCCCUCGCGCGCUGCGCGCUCUGUGCGGUUCCGUCGCGUUUCUGGGCCCCGUUGCGUCGCUUCGCGCUCCCCCUCCCCCCCCCGCCCCGGGGCUGUGGGCCCACGUUGGGUUCCGGGGGUCGUCGUGCCCCUGUUUGGGGUCUUGGAGGGCUCUGCAGAUCGGAGCGUGGGCCUCCGUGACGCUGUGCCCCCCCCCCCCUCCAGGCGCUGUGGAGGCCGCGGCGUGACCCCCAAGUGGCACCAGAGCCCCCCAAGUGGGACAGCACCGCAGUGUGGGGCCUCAAAGCGCCAAAGGGGGGGACCCCAAGGCCUCCAACCGGGACCCCGAAGUGAGGAAGGAAGACCCCGGAGCGGUGGUGGAGCUCAGCCCCAUGGCUUCGGGACAGGGCCCCGCCGUGCCCAGAUGGAUCCCCAUCUCCUCAAACCCCACGGCGGCAGAGGAGCCCCCCCCCUCCUCAAUUCGAGCCCCCGUGGCGGAGCGGGACCCCAAAGCGUCCCCCGAGGAGCGCCCCAUGGAAGAACGGGACCACACAGCGUCUCCCGCUGAGGAGCCCACGGUGGAACCCCCCCCCGGAGCGCCCAGGUGGAUCCCUGUGUCCUCCAAUGGGGACCCCGAAAUGAAGAGGGACCCGACGUCCUCCAGCGGAGACCCCACGCCGGCCCCUGACCCCAAGCCGACCCCCGUGGCUUCAAAUCGGGGCCCCCGAGCGGCGGCGUGGGACCCGGUGCCCACAAACAAAGCCCCCGCAGUGGAACCAGACCCCGAGCAGCUCCGCUCUGCAGAGUGGGACCCCACACCCCCCAUGGAAGAAGACCGGGACCCCGCCACCCACGGCGAGCUCCCCGUGCCGGUACCCAACCCCGCGCCCCACGGGGAGCGCCCCGAAGCCGAGGACACCCCCCUGUCCCCCGCGGUGGAAGCCAUGCUGGCCGCCGUGGCCGCCAGCCCCGUCCGCGUCCGCAGCCAACAACAGGGGGACCCCGAGCUGACGGCGGCCGAGCGGCAUCGCGAGCUGCGGGCCCUCUUCCUCCGCAAACCCCUCGUCUUCCUCGAGCGCUUCCACGGGGCCCUGGGGGCCGAGCACCUGCCCUGCUUCGUCCACCUCCCCCCCCGCUACGAGGUCGCUUUCUACUGCCGCCAGGUGCGGGGUCGGAGGCAACAGAACCCCGAAAACGGGGCGACCCGAUGGCCCCGACGGCCCGGAGCCCGAACCCGACUGAGGAACCGACGCUACGCGGCGCUGCGGCAGCUCAUUGCAGGUGUGGGGCGAGAGGGGGGCCCAAGGGGGGGGAAUCUAUGGGAUCCUGAAGGUCCUUGUAGGGUUCUUGAGGGCCUUGUGGGGUCGCUGAGCUCCUUACGGGGUCUUGAAGGUUCUUGAGGGGCCUGUGAGACCCCUAUGGGGUCUGUGGGGUCUUUAUGGGAUCCCUGGGGGGUCUUUAUGGGAUCCCUGGGGGGUCUUUAUGGGAUCCCUGUGGGUCUUUAUGGGAUCCCUGUGGGGUCCUUGUGGUCCUUAUGGGGCCUUGGAGCUCUCUAUGGGGUCCUGGAGGUGCUGGGAUUCCCCCCCGUGGUCACUCUGUAGCCCAGGGGGGGGAAUCUAUGGGAUCCUGAAGGUCCUUGUAGGGUUCUUGAGGGCUUUGCGGGGCCUUGUGGGGUCGCUGAGCUCCUUAUGGAGUCUUGAAGGUUCUUGAGGGGCCUGUGAGACCCCUAUGGGGUCUGUGGGGUCUUUAUGGGAUCCCUGGGGGGUCUUUAUGGGAUCCCUG